CCUCCCACGGGCCAGAGGAGAGUCCCCCGGAAGCCAGGGCACUGUCAGUAAUCUUUCUCUCACACUCUGAGCGGCUCUGGGCCCUGCCAGGGACACAACAAUACAGGAGCAGAAGGCUGGAAAGAGGAUUGCAGUUUUCAUCUGCAAUUUUUGAUCCUCCCUCUCCUAUUCCUUCAGGGACUGAUUUUGUAAUAUUAGCAGGCUGGAUUAGUGGGCAGAGGGGUGCCUGGCUGCUUGCCUUGUCUGUGCCUGGAGAGGGGUUAGUGGGGAGGGCGGAGGAAGAGAUGUCUGGGAUCAGAGGGAAAGUUGUACUUAUCCUAGGCUUCGUCUUUCUGACAACUCUUCUGGCGGUGGUGAGAGGGCUUCCCCUGAGGAAACAACGCACCAGCAGCCCCAGGGAGCAGGGUCACAAGCUGAUGGAGGUCUCUACUUCAUCUGACACCCAUUUGACGCAGGAAGAGGAGAUGCCACAGUCCAACAAGGUUCGGAGCCUGAGGCAAAGCGGGCAGGCUGGGACUCGCCGGCACAAACGCCGAUGGUCAUCCCAGCGGGCUGCGAGGAACCAGCCAGUGCCACUCUGGCCUGGUGGCGCUAGCAAGGAGGAGAGCACACCCUUUGUGCUGGACUUACAGAACCUGCCAGGGUUGGCCAACAUUGACCUGAGUGCCCAGAACCCAAACAUACAGGUAACCAUCGAGGUGGUGGAUGAUCCCCAGGCUGAGAUAGAGAUGGAUUUGCUGAAGGAGACCAGCAAUGACUGGUCCCUGACCUCCUCCGAGUGGUUGUCACACAAGGACCUUUUCUGGCCCCUCUUCUGGGAGUACAUGGAUCCCACUGAGGAAGAGGAGGAUGACGAGGAUGACAGCCUGGACAGAGGAGAGGAGGAGGAAGAUUAUACAACAGAGUAUGAGGAAGAGGAGGAGACAGUGCUGAGUGGAGUGGGAGGCAACUGGGACCAGAGGUGGCCAAGUCAGAAGAACUGGAUCUUCAAGGAAAAAUAUAAUUAUGACUAUGAAGAUGAAGAGGAGUGGAGCUCUUGGUCCCCCUGCAGUGUGACCUGUGGUAGUGGGAACCAGAAGAGAACCCGGUCCUGUGGCUACGCCUGCACAGCCACCGAGUCGAGAACCUGCGACCUGCAUCGCUGCCCUGGAGCAGAUGGGGAGAUGGUCUUCACCACUGACGAAACGCCAUUUGAGGGUGAGAACACCACGGAGAUGUUCAACUCAGAUGUGGACAGCUGUGAGAAGUGGCUGAACUGCAAGAGCGACUUCCUCACCAGGUAUCUGAGCAAGGUGCUGACGGAUUUGCCCAGCUGCCCCUGCUCCUACCCAUUGGAGGCUGUUUACAGUGCUGUGAAUCUGCGGGAUGAGCACCAGGGCAAGAACUUCCGCUGGCGUGAUGCCAGCGGUCCCAAGGAGCGGCUGGACAUCUACAAGCCUACAGCCCGCUUCUGCCUGCGGUCCAUGCUUUCCUUGGACAGCACCACACUGGCUGCCCAGCACUGCUGCUACGACGAGCACACAAAGCUUAUCACCCGGGGUAAGGGGGCUGGCGCCCCCAACCUCAUCAGCACGGAGUUCUCCCCGGAGCUGCACUACAAGGUGGACAUGCUGCCUUGGAUUCUGUGCAAGGGGGACUGGAGCCGGUAUCAUGCUGUUCGGCCCCCCAACAAUGGGCAGCAGUGUGCUGAUAACCCCACUGAGGAGGAAUACCUCUCCCAGCUGCAGGAGGCCAAGGAGUACUAGCAGAGCUUGGCCGAGUGAUGGGGGAGCAGGAUGUGGCAGGUCCACCACGUAACACCCCAGGAGUACCAGGGGGCCUGUCUCUCUCUCCACCACAAUGAGGGCCUGCAGGCCACAGAGGCCCUGGAGUCAUCCCCUGCUUGUCACUCCCUUGGAAACAAAGCAGUUCGGGGGAGAGGCGGAGCCUUUGGCCCUACACGCAAGUUCCCUGUCGGUGCCAACCACAGGGAUUGGUUUUAAAUCUAUCUUUUCACAGAGGCAUCUCACUUCCUUUCCAGUUUCCAAGGGACCCAGGUGAUCCUUGCUGCAUGAUUGGCCCCAGGGUGCUGUUCUCACCCCAGGUAUUUCUCUGUGGAUAGCACAGGAUCCAAGCAGGUGACAGCUAGAGGCAAUGGAAGGCAGCGGCCUCUGAGGGUGGGGGUGUAUAAAGGGAAAGGGUGCAGCUCCUGUUACUUUUCUAUGAAGUGUUAAUUGCAAUCUCAUAAGUAGCUCAGGGGCUUAUGGUGAAACAUUCUUGGCUUUUAUUUUUUUCACGUUGCAGCUGU